UGAAACAGAAUAGAUGUACUGUUAAAUGUUAGAAUUGACUUUUAUUGGUUUAAUGAAUGACCGUAUGAAGUUUAUAUUAGAGAUAUUCAGAUGAAGUGAAGUAUUAGCCUGCCUAUAUUUCUUAUCACAAUAAUAUCAGUGAUUUGAUUUUGGAAGAAGCUGAAGAAGGAGUGAAGAGAGGACCACCCUUCAACACUAGUUGAAAAACAAUUUUUUGACACGAAAAAAAAGAAUAAGGAAAUUGUUAACAAAAAUAGAUGAAUAAGUUCUUGUCGUAGUUCACUUAGUGCUUAAAUUACGACAUUCUUAAAAUUACUAAACAACUAAACAAAUAGCUUUUGGCAUUGCCAUUGGAUUCAGUCAACUCUUUUAAAUCUUUCUUACCACCUUAUAUUUGUGAAAUAUUUAUGGUCUGUGAAUAUUUAUGGUCUGUGAAUAUAGGAUGCGUAAUAUGUUUUCAACUGUGUCCUUUAUUAGACCUUUUUGGACUAUGAUUUGUGUUGCGAUCACCUUAUUCGCUAUAUUUGAAGCCAGUCUGUCGCAGAGUACAGACAGACAUAUCCUUUCCAAACCAGAUUCAGAUGCACCAGAUUCACAUGAAGAUAUUUCUGAUGUUGGAGAUAUUAUCCAUGGAAUUCGUACACGCAAAGGCAAUUUGGGUUUCAUCCAUGCCUUCAUUGCUUCAUUAUCAGUUAUUAUUGUCUCAGAAUUGGGUGAUAAAACUUUUUUCAUUGCUGCUAUUAUGGCAAUGCGUCAUUCCAGAUUGACAGUGUUGAUUGGUGCGUUAGGAGCUCUAGUUGUUAUGACAAUAUUAUCAGCUUUACUGGGUUUUGCUACUACAGUUAUACCUAGAAUUUAUACAUAUUAUGUAUCUUCAAUAUUAUUUGCAAUCUUUGGAUUAAAAAUGUUAAAAGAAGGAUGGUAUAUGUCUGCUGAUGAAGGACAAGAAGAAUAUGAAGAAGUUCAAGCUGAUCUGAGAAAAAAAGAGGAAGAGAGAGAAAGGCAGAAUAUGCCUGUACAAGAUAUGGAAUCUGGUAUUAUAAGAACUCCAGGGAGAAGUUUUUUUAAAGGAAUAUUAUCAACGAUAUUUUUACAAGCGUUUGUGAUGACAUUUAUAGCUGAAUGGGGUGAUCGGUCACAAAUUACUACUAUUAUAUUAGCUGCUCGUGAGGAUGUAUAUGGUGUUAUGUUAGGUGGAUUUUUAGGACAUGGCCUGUGUACAGGUUUAGCUGUUAUUGGUGGUAGAAUGAUAGCACAAAAAAUUUCUAUACGAACAGUGACAUUAAUAGGUGGUGUGGUAUUUUUAGUAUUUGCUCUGUCAGCAUUUGUGAUAGGACCUGGUGAAUAA